CUUUCAGUUGUAGUACGUGUAACGCUCGGUAAAAAUUAAAAGUAAAUUAAAAAUUAUCAGUGAAAACCAUUUGGAAGUAUCACCUAAAUUAAAUAGCUAUUAAAUCUUAUAACCGCCAUGGAAGUUGGUGUUACCCUAAAUAACGAACUUGAGGCUCAGAUUUCGGAGGCAUUUUGCAUUUUUGAUACGCAUGGCGAUAAGUAUAUUGAUACCCGGAAUGUGGGCAACGUCCUCAGGUUUUUGGGCUGCGUGCCCACUGAGAAGGAGGUUGAAGAAGUAGUCAAGGCCACCGAGUCCACGGAUUACCCAGGGGAGACCCAUAUCCUCAAGUUUAUAGCCCACGUCUCCCAACUGCUUAUGGACCGCCAAAUGGAACCAGCUUCGUCUGAAAAACUUCUGGAGGCCUUUGAGAUCCUAGAUCCAGAGAACAAAAAGUAUCUUACCAAGGAGUACUUUGGGAAACUGAUGGCAGAGGAAGGCGAACCCUUUACCCAAGAGGAACUGGAUGCUAUGUGGCCGGUGGCCAUUGAUCCUAUCACUGGAAAUAUUCCCUUUACCUUCUAUAUCAAUCAACUCAGGCACAAACCAAAAAUUUAUGAAAUCGCCGAGGUUAUCAAAGAGGAAUUGGCCCAAGCCGAAAGGGAGAAGGGCAAAAAACCCCAACAGACUAUGUUUUAGCUGCGGACCAAAAAAUAUGUCGCUUAUAUGUACAAAAUCCUGCGUAAUGAGAAAUGCUUUAACAAAUUUUG